AUAUCACCAACUUAAAUAUCUAUCUAUCUUCUAUUCUUCUUUGUAAUUUUAUAUCUUUUCAAUUCCAUCAAUCAUCAUCAUGUCAAGUGCUCAACAACACAUCUCUACAGCCCAAGCUGGCCAAAACCAGGAUCUUUUGGACUCCACAAAGCAAACAGCCUCAGCAGCUGCAGAUAAGGCUCAUGCAGCUGCUAACACAACAGGACAGGCUCGAGAGGAAAACCAGCAGCAAGCGGCUGGUUUUCUCCAACAGACCGGAGAGCAAGUGAAGAGCAUGGCUCAAGGUGCUGCGGACAGCGUGAAGCACGCCCUUGGCAUGGACGGCAGCAGCAACAACAGCAACGCUGCCUCAGACAACUCUGCCUCCAGCGGCAACACCGCCUCCACCGGCCACACCGCUGCUGCCGGCCACACUGCAUCUGCCAAUGCCGCCUCCGCCAGAAAGUAAACUAGGACAUCUUGAUUCAUUUGUGAAUGAUGUCUUGCUAUAGCUCCAUUCCAAUUGAAGGACAUUAUAAUAAUAUGUUUUCUUUUUUUUCUUUUUAGAGUGUAUUGCUUUUUCCUAGUUGAUAGGGAUUAGCAAACUACUUAAGUCUUGAUUAUUGUGCUUUUGCUGAAGCAGGCCAAUAUCAGUUAUAAUAAAACAUAGAUUCUUUUUGUUUAUCUAUUUUGUCUUUAAUUAUUUAUUUAUAUUUUUGAGGAA